AUGGUCACCACCAUAGAUACAGCAAAGGUUACGGGCGCAGACGUCCUCCCCGAUACGCCUAUCAAACGAUCUGCGCCUUCACAUGUCAAGCGCAGUCGCAGCACCAAUCGCGACUCGCCACCACCACCGACUCUUCAACCUCUUGCUCCUAUUCGAAUACACGUCAAAAAGAAAUAUCGGCAUGUCGCUGCUGCGCAUACGAAGCCACAAACAUCAUGUCUCAGUCACGACUCGGAGGCAAGCCCAAGCUUUCUCGGUUUUAGGAAUUUGAUGAUCAUUGUGCUGGUUGUUGGGAACCUGCGAUUAAUGAUCGAGAAUAUUAAGAAGUAUGGUGUAUUAAUAUGUAUACGAUGCCACGACUAUCGACGGCAAGAUCUUAUGCUCGGGGCCGCCCUAUACUUUCUAAUCCCAUGCCAUCUCUUCGUUGCGUACGUUAUCGAACUGGCUGCCGCCCAACAUGCAAGAGCAUCCUUGAAAGCCCAUAAAGGGCGGAGCGGGGUAGCUACACCUGGAGGAAGCUAUGUUGCAUCGGACGAGGAAAAGCGACGCUUCAGUUCGACAUGGAAGUUAAUCGCUUGGAUACACGGCAUCAAUAUCACAUUCUGCCUACUCAUCACCUCUGUCAUUGUCUAUUUCUUCAUCCACCAUCCCUUAAUUGGGACAUUGAGUGAAAUUCACGCCAUUAUCGUAUGGCUGAAGACUGCAUCCUACGCGUUCACGAACCGAGAUCUCCGGCACGCAUACUUGCAUCCCUCGAAGCGGGAAGAAGAUGCUCUUCCCGAGAUAUAUAGCAAGUGUCCAUACCCUGAGAAUGCCACACUCAGCAACCUCACGUACUUUUGGUGGGCGCCAACCUUGGUGUACCAGCCCGUAUACCCAAGGACAGACAAAAUUCGAUGGGUAUUCGUUGCCAAGCGUCUCGUUGAAGUCUUUGGGUUAGGCGUGUUCAUGUGGAUAGUCAGCGCGCAGUAUGCUGUGCCAGUCCUACAAAACUCAUUGGAUAAAAUGGCAUCCCUUGACUUGCCAUCCAUCCUGGAACGGUUGAUGAAAUUAUCCACAAUAAGCUUGGUGAUCUGGCUAGCAGGGUUCUUCGCCCUGUUCCAGUCAUUCCUAAAUGCAUUGGCGGAAGUCAUGAGAUUUGGGGAUCGGGAAUUCUAUACGGAUUGGUGGAACAGCCCCAGUCUUGGAGUUUAUUGGAGGACAUGGAACAAGCCUGUUUAUCAAUUCAUGAAACGGCAUGUUUUCUCGCCGCUCAUUGGGAGAGGUUGGAGUUCUGGUUCGGCUAGUAUUGCUGUAUUUGUAUUUUCGGGAGUUUUACACGAAUUGCUCGUAGGAAUACCGACGCAUAACAUCCUCGGUGUUGCCUUCCUAGGCAUGGUUGCCCAACUCCCACUUAUUGCAAUGACAGCGCCACUAGAGAAAAUGAAGGGUAUUAACGGGAGGGUGAUAGGAAACUGUAUAUUUUGGGUUUCAUUCACGCUUAUUGGACAGCCUCUGGGAGCUCUGCUCUACUUCUUCGCCUGGCAAGCCAAGUAUGGCAGCGUUAGUCAGAAUGCUGUGAAACCAUAG